CGCCAUUUCGGUUCAAAGUCGUGCGCAUACGCAAAUACAUACACACUCCCAGACGUGCUCAACCGCCUCCCAGAUCACAUUUUCCUGCCACUUUGCUGGGAUGGCGGCCAUACAUGUUUACUAUGUGAUGGCGCUUCUUGCCCAGGGCGUGCCCUCCUUGUGCCGUCACGCCGCCCACGGACAUCUCGGCGGAAAAGAUGCCAAUACUGUCCCGCCGGGCAUGGUGCUGGAUCGUAUCUACCGCGACACCGACCAACAGAACGCGUCGCACAUGAGUGCCAAUGCGCAGGCCAAAGACGCCGUGGGUGACUGGGUCUGCACUGAAUUGGUUGCGGUUGCAGGCAGUCAGAACGCAUAUACUGACUUUUGGUCAGCACAAUGCCAAAAUAUCCCAGAAAACUCUGAUCACAUGAAAGUGGUUAUGGGGAUAACAGUAGACUACUUCAAGCCGGUGCAGGGCGCAUCGAUGUGUGACAUGCUGACCUCACCGCAUUCAGGUAGUUAUCCAAACCCAAUGUUCGAGUGGAGCAACGACCAAAGUAGUUGGACAUCUCCACCUAACGCUGGUUGGAAUAUCCUUGGUGGGUCGCCUAAGGCAUGGCCUUCGCAAAACGUUCCAGGCGACAACAGGAUGUAUUUGAGCCAUUGGGGUGGGGACGCUGUUCCAGGAGGAUGCUGCUCUAGUACAUACGGGUCUGCAGCCAGUUGGGGCCAGUCUUUCACGAUGUCGUCCUGUGCCUCGACGGCGCCGGCAUCGGCUACGGGCGAUCCGCAUCUGCAGAAUCUCUACGGCGAGAGGUUCGACCUGAUGCAGCCUGGCAGUGUGGUUCUGAUCCAGAUCCCACGCGGACAACCCAUCAACGACACGCUGCUGACCAUCGAGGCAGACGCGCGCCGCCUUGGCGCGGGCUGCACCGACAUGUACUUUCAGACUCUCAGCGUCACAGGGAAGUGGGUGGGCUCGGUUCUCCGCUUCGACUCGCAGCGUGACCCCGAGCAGAAGCCGAAAUGGGUAAAGUUCGGGCCCGUCGAGCUGAAAGUGACCCAUGGGCGCGCAGACACGAACUUCAAAUACCUGAACUUCUACGUCAAGCACCUUGGGCACGCGGGUGCUGACGUCGGAGGGCUGUUGGGAAUGGACGACCACACUGAUGCGGCGACACCCGGCCAGGGCUGCGUCAAGUUGCUGUCGCUGUCGAAGACGAAGGGCGCUGCGGUGUCGUCAGGCGCCUCCAUGGCGACAGCGACUAGCGAGUAGCAGACCGUGCAUUUUUGUGCUUGAUCUGUAACGCCCUUUCGCAUCCAUCUGGUUGUAGCUAACACUGCCCCUUUUGUUCCUGCUGCAAUCGAGCAAAAAGGCCCCAACCCGAAGGCCCCAAUCCGCCCCCCAUUUCCAGUGGGGGGGCGUCCGGG